AUGACUCCGCAGAAGUGCAUUGCCAUGGUUCAAGGGCAAAGAUACGCGGGCGUCAUCUUCGACACUUGCUAUGGGUCCCAGUCUCUUAAUGCCACAAGUUUUGUACCAGGAGACAGCUGCAGUAUACCUUGUCCCGGUGACGCUCGCCAGAUAUGUGGUGGCAAUGCGGCGGCCUUUAAACCCAAAAGGCUCCGUAUGCGACAUCACUCUCGAGCUCUCAUCCUCCAGCGCGAUGCUCCUGCAAACAUUCUACUCACAAUAUUCCAACUCGUCGUCUUGCCAGCGACGACUGUCGUCGAAUCUGGCACGACCAUUGUGGUACCACCCACCACCAUGGCCGGUCCAGCCGUCAUAAUACCCGUUCCCGGUGUGACGGCAGUCGCGCCGCCGGCCGAUAGAAUCACCCGGGAUGCCUCUACCGCAGUCGUCAUCGCUCCGCCGGCCGAUAGAAUCAUCCAGGAUGCCUCUACCGCAGUCGUCGGCCCCGGCGGGACCGUCACUACAACCAACGGGCAGCCACCCAGCGCUCCAGGCGCGGUAUCAAUACCGAACCCUGUGAGCCCGAACAGUGCCAUCACUUCCGUAGUGACCACCGUAAUCUACAUGAUCGUCGACCCUACGAGACCUACCGCCCUGGUGCCAGUAGAGCUCUGCACCACGCUAUACUUCGAAGAUUGCCGGUGCCCAACCCAAGUAAUCCCUACGCUCCCCAUGGCAACAUAUGUGGCAGACUGCAACAAGUGUGGUGUCAAAGGCCAAAGCAAAGUCACAAUCACCGCCCCAAGUGACCUCGGACCCUACCAUUCGCCAUCCGGUAACAGACUAGAAGGAAGCCUCUACAGCCCCCUAAAGGUACGCAUUCCCCUAGGGCAGAUACUGCCACAACUCUUGUCAACCUUCUAA